CCUCGGUCUUCUCCCCUCCCACCCUCCUUCCUCAGCUUCCGCUUCCUCCCAGGCCCGCCCUGCGCAGCCAGCAGGGAUUGCUGCCCAGAGCUCCUCCGGAGCCUCAGGUGGCAAAUUCUUACUCUGUGGGAAAUAGAAGAGUGUUUGUAAGCAGAAAGUAUGCCUCCCAAGUUCAAGCGACACCUAAGUGAUGAUGAUGUCACUGGGUCUGUGAAAAGUGAAAGGAGAAAUCUUUUGGAAGAUGAUUCAGAUGAAGAGGAGGACUUUUUUCUACGGGGACUGUCUGGACCAAGAUUUGGGCCUAGAAAUGAUAAAAUUAAGCAUGUUCAGAAUCAGGUGGAUGAAGUUAUUGAUGUAAUGCAAGAAAAUAUUACAAAGGUAAUUGAAAGAGGAGAGAGACUAGAUGAACUGCAGGACAAAUCAGAAAGCUUAUCGGAUAAUGCAACCGCUUUCAGCAACAGAUCCAAACAACUCCAAAGGCAAAUGUGGUGGCGUGGAUGCAAAAUAAAAGCCAUCAUGGCUUUGGCUGCAGCUAUCCUUUUGCUAUUGAUUAUCACUCAGAUCAUCCUGCACUUGAAAAAAUGAAGUUUACCACCAUCA